UUUAAACAUCCUGGACUGAGCAAUGAUACCGGGUUUAACAUUACCUUUGAGAGGCUUGAGACGUAUCGCGUUUAAUAUUGUUUUAUGUAGCUCUCUUUCAUGUGUGACCAUUUCUUGUCAACGAUUUUGGCAGCAUGUAAGAGAUCUAGCAUCAAAGACAGACAUGGUAGGCAUUGGACCAAUGAUUCUUCCAAUCUUAUCCAGAUGAAGAAAACAAUAUCUCGGAUAAUUUUUAACAGACAGGGGUGGACACUAUUACAUGAAGGGAUGGCGUUUCCCAAGCUCCAAGAGUUCAUGGGAGAGAUCCAGAAAUUCAUGGAAACGGACGAAAAGCCGUUCCAAAUGUCGUCCAUUCUCCCCCGGGGAGCGAAGAGAGAGCUGGACAGCGCUGUACCAAUGAUCGCUGGCUUCAGGCCCUCAAAGGUUUACUAUAUGUUCACCGUGCUGAGUUUUGCGGAGCUUGGGAGUUGGGACGAUGUGAAAAUGAACGGCCGUGCAGCCCUUGAAGAGUACGAUGAAUUCCUGAAAGAACUACCAGACAGCAAAAGGAACAAGCCACCUACCCCACCGCCUCCUAAGGACACCAUUAUAAGCCAGGGAUUUCCACAGAGCAGCUCUGCUCGAUUCCAUACCUCAAUCGAAGACUUGCAAUUCUACUCACCAAGACACGACGAAGAGAAUACUCGAAUAUCCUCCCGACCAUCACCAGCUCGGUCACAUGAUGCUCCUGGUGGCAUGGAUACAACACGGGUACCCGGUGGGUCUUACCGGUCUAACCACGUGGUCAACGGACAUCGCAGCAACGGAAGAGCACCCCCUGGGCAGGAACAGAGAGGGUCACGUGACGGCAGCAAAUGGGCUUCUGAUGCUCAGGCCCAAAAUGACGAUGUUCUCAAGGAUGACAUUGCAAACUCUAUCAGCAAUCUCAGAAAUGAACUAGGCAGUUUAAAGGAUAGACUGUCACAAGAACUGAAUAACAGCCCUGAGGUCCAGAGUACUUCCCCACCGAAACCGCCCCUCUUAAAUCUGAAGUCGCCUCGGAGUGUUCGAGUUGAUGACGUCACGGACAAACUAGCGGACGCAUUUGCCGAGCUAUUUCGAAAACAGUGGCUGGGUGCUUUGAAGGAGAAGAAUAAUGGUACUGGACACUCGGAGAAAAACUUGAUAUAUCUGGCAGAUAUAACUAAGAAAUGCCAGAAUUACCUAGACGAAGUAUGUGAAAAAGAGUACAAUAAUUUGUGUGAAGUCAUACUCAAACCCAUGGGCCAAAUAGAUUCCAGAUACGUUCAUAUUCCAGAGGACCUGAGAUCUCUUGUUCGGGUCAGAUGUAGGCAGGUGCAGAGGGACACCAUGCCGAUCUCUCUACCAAUCAUAAAAGAGGUUGUCAUACGUGACAAAAUCCCGGAAGCACAUAGGAGUCCAGCACUGAAGAAGUUUGUGGAUAGGUGUGUGGAACUUAUCUGGAUGUUUGCUAUCCAUGAUCCGCCACUGCAGCUGGAGUGGGCCCGUGAGGGCGAAUUGAUGGGCAGCAAUCUGGAGUCGUACACCUCCAGGGGGAACAAGGUGGGGUUCAAUGUGUGGCCUACGCUACGACAGUUUAGAAAUGGACCUGUCUUGUCUAAAGGAGUGGUUCAGCCAAUCUAUUGACAAAAUAGUACUUCAACCGCAUGUUUAAUACGCAUUUUGUUACUGUUUAUGUUUAAUAAAUUCUAUGAAAUCGUUUUUGAACCUUUACAUACUCGAAUGGGUUAUGUUCACCUUGAUUCCCUUUGCCUUUUUUUCCCACUGGAAAUCGGUUUUUGAUGAAAAUGCACAAGCAGAAAAGAUGUACAUAACGAUGAAAAUAAAUUUUAUUUAACAAAUAUAAAACUUGUAGAUUGACAAACAGGUAUUCUGUUUCUAUUCUUUCACAAGCAAA